AUGGGGGACGACGAGUACUCGCCCCGGGACUACUCGCUCGUUGAUGCUCGUCAUCGGCGUGGGUUGUCAGUGACGUCGCCCGGUGUGGCCCCAGCCGGGGACUCGAUGUCCAUGUCGACGUCGCCUCUGCAUUCGCCCGCGUACGAGCCACUCGGACCGUAUGCUCGAGGCGCGAGUGCGACCGCGCCCCCGGAAGCAUACCAGCCGACCUCCCCGCAUCUGCCACCCCAUCUGGGCACACCUCAGGGUGGCUACGUACCGUCAGUGCCGAUGCUGCCUCCAUCGGCGUACUCUGCGCGUCAUUGUCGCCCCCAGCUGCCGCCGCCGCCGCCGCCGCCCCAGCACCACCACCACCACCGUCAUGGCCACCGCCAUGGGUCGCACCAGCCGCCACCACUCGGUCCACAAGGCUCAGUGCCACCGCCAUCGUCGUCUCCAUACCCGUCAGCUCGUGGUUUGCAGCCAGAGUACGGACCCAUCGCAGCGAGUGCGACGCCGGUCCGACCGCAUCGACCUCCCAGUCGAUCGUACGCGACGCCAACGACGGCCUACUCGCAUGCGCGUACGCUCGCCGAUUGGGAGCUCCAGCAGCCUCACCCAUCACACCCCUCGCAGCGACACCCACUGCAUCAGUCCGCGUACGAUCCUCUUCAGGCGCACUUUCCACAGCGCACAUCCCCCAUCUACCACAGCGCAUCGACUUCCCCCUUCGACGAGGACGAUCCUUCGACCCCUUUGGUCUAUCUCUGUCGGCCCAUGACGAUCAAGGCCUUUCUCGCUCUCAAACCCCAAUUCGCGAGCCAUCUCGAGCUGCGCUUCGUCGCGUCGCUCAAGGAUCUCGCUUCCGAUUUGCGACAAGCCUCAUUCCUCGACCCCGAGAUCAAGAGAUCCAAGCGGCUGACCAUCGUCUCGGCCGUUGGUGGCACCGAUGCUUUCAUUUCUCGCAUCAAGAAUCAGAUCACACAACGACUGGUGUGGAAGGAGGUACGCGACAAGGACCAGUUGGUCGAUGCGUUGCGCGUUGAGCGAGGUGCGGUGACGAGGUGGAAGGAUCGCCAAGAGAUUGAGAAGGGCUACCAGCAGAUUAAGGCGACGCAAGAAAUUACAACUCAUCUGGGGGUGCUCGUCGCGUCGUCGAAUGGGCAUAAUGGGAACAAUGACGAUGGAUCCGAAGAGGAUGUCAAGCCUGAUAUUCGGUGGUUGCAAGAGCGCGAGGACGACGACGACGAAGAGGAGGAAAGAGCGUUGUAUGGCGAACAAGGAGAGCCGACCAGGAAACGCAGAAGAGAGUCGAGUGGGGAAGAGGCCGAGCUGGGAAGGGUAAGACGUCCGGGUGUAUUGUCCUGAACUUGCGAGCACGUGCGAACGCUGACACUUUGGUACAUUCCUCAGCUGCCUCCUCUGGGACCAGCCCGACUUUAUCAUCUGUGCAGCCAACCUCGCCGGCGGGCGACCGAGCGGGCUCGUGCUCAAGGUCUACUUGUCGACGCCUUCACACAAAAGGUCGACUCGGAGCUACAACUGGGCGAAUGGGAUCACGGGGAGUGGACGCUCUUCGAUGAGGUUCGUCGGCCUGAAUGUUGAGCUGUUGAAAGCUCGCUCUGACCUCCUCGGUCUUGCGUCCUUACAGUCAUUGGACCCCAUCGAGCCGGCCUUGCAGGUGCUCAUCGCUCGAGCCAUCAGGGACGCCGCCUAUCCGCCGCAUCUGAGAUUGUACGACUAUCAAACCUCGCGGGAGCAGCUCGAGUAUAGUGUCCCUUGGUUCACGAAGCUGCUUCGCCUCGUAAGUGACGCCGAUAGCUCUCUUCGAGAAUCGUCAGUGCGGCGGAGGCUGAUCGUCAUCGUCAAGCCCCUCUAGAUCGAGAGUCGAAUCGAGGUCCUGACGGCUAAUCAACGAUCCCCACCUUCAACAUCGACGACUUCACCAUCAGAUCACUAA